UUUAUUAUUGAAUAUUAAAGCGUUUUAGCAUUUUUAAACUAUAAAAUUAGUUUCUAAUCAAAAAUAUUCUAUUUGUUCUUAAGUUGAUGUUUCUGCUUAAUCUAAGCGAUUUUUACUUAAUUUUAUGUAAAGUAAGCUUUCGAUACUAUCGGCUGUGGUUACAACUCUGUUGACCGCUAAUUGGACGACAGUAAACAAAAUGAUAACAUGACAUUUAAAUCAAAAAUUAAGCUGGAAAUAUGACGAAGUCUGAUUUUGUGCUGGGCGGCGUGGCUGCGAUGGGUGCGGUGCUUUUCACCAAUCCCAUCGAUGUGGUCAAGACCAGGAUGCAGCUGCAGGGAGAGUUGGCGUCCCGAGGAACCUACGUGAAGCCCUAUAGACAUCUUCCUCAGGCAAUGCUCCAAAUAGCUAGGAACGACGGUCUCCUCGCCUUGGAAAAGGGUCUUGCUCCGGCGUUAUGUUACCAAUUUCUCCUAAACUCCAUUAGGCUAAGUGUUUACUCAAACGCAUUGGAGCUAGGAUAUUUGCAAAACAAGGAUGGCUCGAUAUCUUUUUACCGAGGAAUGUUCUUCGGCGCACUAGGAGGCUGUACUGGCACCUUACUCGCCAGUCCCUUUUACAUGAUAAAGGCACAACAACACGCCCAGGCUGUCCAGUCGAUUGCUGUGGGAUUCCAGCACAAACACACUUCAAUGCUUGAUGCCCUGCAGCAAAUUUAUAGGAAAAGUGGCGUUCCGGGAUUUUGGCGCGGAGCUUUUGCCAGUAUGAAUCGAACUCUAGUAGCCUCCAGUGUCCAAAUCGGCAGCUUUCCCAAGGCGAAGUCGAUGUUGAAGGACAAUGGAUGGGUCACUCAUCCUGUGCUGCUUUCCUUCUGCGCUGGCUUAACUUCGGGAACCCUUGUUUCAUUGGCCAACUCACCCUUUGACGUGGUUACGACCCGAAUGUACAAUCAACCUGUAGAUGAAAAUGGAAGGGGCCUCGUCUACCGAGGGGUAGUAGACUGUUUCACCAAGAUCCUGCGAACAGAAGGACUCCACGGAAUGUACAAAGGAUUUUGGCCCAUUUACCUGCGUAGUGCUCCGCAUACGACGCUUGUAUUUGUCUUUUUUGAUAAGUUACUUUACUUUCGCGACAGUUAUAUUUUUCCCCAGCAUACAAAUUGAAGGUCUAUUUGAAAGAAGUUUUUUUCUGCGGCUUAUGUUCUAUUAAAAAUACAAUGACAGUAUACAGCAGAGAAUAAACAUUUUUCCCAUCUGACUUAAAUAAAAUAAUUCAACUCUUGUUUUGUUUAUGCUUUUACUUUUUUCUUUCAACUAAUUUCCAAAUAGUGCUUAUUUAAAUAAAAAUAAGGGAUAUUAAACUCGUUGGUUUGAUUAACCGCCAAUAUUGCCAUCAAAGUACGACCAGCUGCUGGGAGGGUAGUUGGUAUGGACUCUGGUAUUCUGUUCUGCGCUCGCGUUGGGCACACUGCAUCCGAAUAAGUUGGGAAAGUCGGCGGCGUCGCAUAUUUUUGAUUGACAAAGUACAAAUUUAAAAAAGUAAUGGCGGCCCAGGUUACUCAGGUGCAGCAGCUCUUCAACGGCUACAA